GGGCUGAGCCCUUUGGCAUGGUCAGGCCUAGAUUUGGGUUUAUAACAGGGCCUUAUGGAAGAUGUUUCGCUCAAUGAACACGUUCAUCCACUGCUUCCUACUUCUCCUCCCUUCUCCUUUUCAGGAGUUAUGUCCCGUGUUUAGGAGUGAGGGAAAAUGGUUUGGAUGUCUGUGUGGAAAGAAGAAAAGUUCUCUGUGCAGUGCUGGGCAAGUGGAUAACAUUGCAGGUGGAUCAGAAGCUAAGUGUAGGCCUCAGGCUGGGCCAUUGUCCGUUCCCUUCAGGGUUUGGCAUUGGGCGGCUGGGCACCUCUGCUCUCCAUAUUUGCUGCAGAUGUGCCAGAAAAUUUCAGGUUUUCCAAAGCGUUUUGACCAAAUGAACAUGGUAGAGCAGCCAGAGAACUCUUCCGGGCCUGAGGUGGGAUUUCCACCCUCUGAUCCCAGACUAGACUCCAUAGAAGGUAGAGAGGAGCUGAAGACUGCCCGUGAGGUAAAGGAAGAUGGAGUUGAUGGUUCUUUGGAGGCCUUGUGCAAAGAGCAAGAGUUUGUUGUGGGAAUAAAUUAUCCUACGGAAUUGGAAGAUGACCCGGAUGUCCUGCUGGGACCUGAAUUGUGUUCAGAAAUAGAUAUAGGUUUGGGAUAUGAAGACUUUACUGUUUAUGAACCUGUAACAGAACCCUCCUUAGUAGCAGGGGAAUGUCAGACUGAUGAGGAACUGACCAGUUUUUAUGGUUAUUUGGAUGAUUCAGUGGCUUCCACUAUGGUGGACUUUAGUUCAUCCACAGAAACAGACCUGUGGUUCCCAAUAGAAACCUGCGGUGACCUAUGUGGGCCCGUAGAGUGGCUCAAUAUAGGUCCUGCUGCAGGAUGCCCCCUUGAGGUUGAUCUGGGCAUUACCUCUUUUCCAGGGAUUGAGUGCUAUGGAAUUGGAGAUCAUUUAGGUCAGGUUAUAAUCACUACUGGGCCAUCGGAUGAGGUUUACCAUCAAAGCAGACACAUAGAAGGUGGAAGCAGCAGUGAUGAGGACUUCAGGAUUGACAAGGCUAGUGGAGCUGCCACAAGUGGAGGAGAGAAUGAUGGUGAUGAACUUGACCAAGACUGGAAGCCUCCAGACUCGGAGCUCAUCCAGAAACUUGUUGUCCAGAUUGAGUACUACCUCUCUGACGAGAACCUGGAGAAAGACGCUUUUCUGCUGAAACAUGUCAGAAGAAACAAAAUGGGAUUCGUCAGUGUUAAAUUGCUUACCUCGUUCAAAAAGGUUAAACAUCUCACUCGGGAUUGGCGGACAACUGCAUACGCUCUAAGAUAUUCAGACGUACUUGAACUAAAUGAAGAUAACCGGAAAGUCAGGAGAAAAACUCCUGUCCCUGUUUUUCCCAGUGAAAACCUCCCCAGCAAGAUGCUUUUGGUUUAUGACCUCCACUGUAUCCCAGAACUACAUUGUUUGGAUAAUGAGCAAGAGAAUGGGGGUAUGCAAGAAAAGAUAAUGGAGCAGCUCUUGAAGAGCUUUGGAGCUUUUGGUAGCAUCUCCUCCAUACGUAUCCUGAAACCAGGCAGAGAUCUUCCAUCCGAUGUCAAAAGAUUCAGCAGCCGAUAUGCUCAGGUUGGAACCAUGGAUUGUGCGAUUGUAGAAUUUGAAGAGGUUGAAGCUGCAAUUAAGGCCCAUGAAACCUUAAAUUCUGAAAGUGAAACGGAAGAAAUUAUAAAGGUGGUUCUAAUAGGCAUGAAGCCACCGAAGAAAAAAAUUCAGAAAGACCGGAGCAAGGAUGACGACGCAAAGAAUCUGCGCAAAAAUAAGUCUCUCAAUAAAAGAGUCGAGGAGCUUCAGUAUGUCGGGGAUGAGGCCAUUGUCUAUAGUUCAUCUGAGCCCGAUAGUAAUCCAAACUCCCCAAUGAUAGGUCGAAAGAUUCCGUCUACCAAUAAGCUGAGCCCCUCUGCUUAUCCAAAUAACCACCUGAGUCCAAAUGCCUCGCCAAGAAAUAGCCCCUGGAGUAGCCCUUGUGGGCAACGUAAAGGGGUCAAGCAUUCGCCCCUGGCUGAAAGCAUGAGCCCAGAGACUUCCCGAAGAUCUACGGAGUAUUCUUCAGACAGCAGCAUCACUCCAUCCAGCAGUCCUUGGGUCCAACGGAGAAGACAAGCUCAAACGGUCACACAGGAAAAAAGCCCAGCAUGCAGUCCAAUGUUGGGAAGGAAGAUACAGAAUGCAGAUGGACUCCCCCCUGGAGUCCUGAGACUUCCAAGAGGUCCUGAUGGUACAAAGGGGUUCCAUAAUGGGAUUGAAAGGAAUAAGCUUGUGCAGGAAUCAUGAAUGCCAUGUAACCUUAUUAGACUGGCAGUGCCACCAUUAAGCACCAGCCAUCCUGUUAUUAUUUCCCUGCAGACAAUGGGGAGCCUCUAGUAGCCAAAGGCUGGACAUUGCUUCUACCUGAAAAGAGAUAGGUUUGCAGAAAGACUGAUACCAAGUCUGUAUUUAUUUUUUAUCGGAUUUUCAUUUGUAAACCUAAUUUGUACAGUGACGGCAGUUACUCUGCUUUCUAUUUUUAUUUGUCUUUUUUAGUUUUUGUUAAGCACUUUUAAUUUCUAUUUUCACUGGGUAACCGAAGCAAUUGCUGUGCAUACUAUGCGUGUCUAUAUAAGGUCAUGAAAGCAACAGGUUGCAUUCUCUCAAAAGCCUAUUGGUCACUAGGACUAAGUUUAUCCAAUAGGAUCUUCUAAAACUUUCUGCAAUGUUCAUCUUACACUUCCAAAGACAGAUGUGUAUAAAGAAUGUAAAUUUUCUGUGAUGUGAAUUAAAUGAACUUCCAUAAGCAUUGAA